AUGCUCAAGUUAGCCAAGAAGCUCUGGUCAAAUGAUGCUUCGUAUUAUACCAUUGGCGAUUCAAACUGCCAGUUCAAAAAAAACCCUACCUUCUGGAAGGAUAUCGAGAUUCGCUUCAACGAGUCUGUGUCUAUAUUGAACUUGUGCAGCGAUCAUGAACGAGUGAUCAAGACCUUCAACCACGUUGAGGACGCAAAGGGCGGCCAUGGGUUCAAUGGCAUCUUCGUUGUCACGAACUUCAGGGUUCUGUGGUUUGUCAACCAGCGCAAGCGCAACCUCAGCAUCGGCCUCAACACCAUCCUCAACCUGAAACUCAAAAUAACAGAGUCGAAGCUGUUCAAUGGCAAGACGGAGUCCCUUUGGAUCUUCAGCAAGUACCGUACCCAGCGUUACAAUUUCAUCUUCAACUUUGUGUCAGAGCUGGAGGACACGACGGGUUCCUUGUUCCACACCGUGCGCGGGGCGUGGUGGGCCUACGACGGCACGCGGCGCUACCGCGAGGUCCAGCUGCGGGCCGCCCUGGUCGAGGACGGCACGGUUGUUAUGCUACCACGCGAGGUCGUCGUCUCGCGGGUGUCGUGCGUGGAGAGGUCGACCGCGCACGGGAUCACCUCCGGGGCUAUGCUCACAACCAACAUCCGCGUCGUGUGGUGGGAUGGGGUGGCCGGGCACUACUGCCUGUCGAUCCCCUACCGCCAGUUCGCCGAGAUCAGUGCGCGGCGCGGAGAGAAGGGCCCCACGCUUUACCUCCGUAUUGCCCCAAGCGCGGCCUCGACGGAGUUCGUUUUUAUCGUGAAGCCGGUGUCGCGUGUGGUGGAGCUCUAUCAGGAGAUUUGCAGCUUGUGGAAGACGUGGUGCAAGGCCCCGGUGAUGGAGGGUGAGGAGGCCCAGGACAGCUGCCCGCGCGACGCCGCGGAGACGAACAUUGCCAUAGCGGCAGCCGCCUCAAACCCUUUUGAGCACGUCGACAGCGAGAAGCCAACCACCACGGCGAAUGAUGCCUUCUUCGCCUACUUCGCUGACGAAGGGAAUAAAGCCGCGGAUCGACGACCAGUUUACGAUCCUUCUAUCGGAUUGGCAGUGGAAAAGUUACGCCGGGGUGUUCAGCUUAAAGAUUUGUGGGAGGUGGCGAUCACGUAG